UCGCGUUGAUCGUAACGGGUGGUGCUUCCGUUUGGCACUUUUCCUCCCACGCUCCAUCGGUCCCAUGGAGAACCGUGGGCCCACUAAGUGCUGUGCAGUGUCAAAAUAAGAGGAUAGAGCGGAGGAACAAUUCGACGGAUCAACAAUGGACGAGAGACACGCACUCGCGAACGGCAACGAUUCGAUUUGAAGAAUUCCGACAUCGCAAGCAUAAGCAACGCCUUAUAUGUGUAUUCAUUUAUUUAUUAAACGCAUUAUUUGAUAUUCAAAUAAAAAGGAAAGCCGUUGUAGAACGUAGUAGAACUUGAAUCUUUGCGCGAUCGACUUCGAGAUUGAAACGACUCUAAAAUUUCGAACGAUUUUCGAGAGAUAUUUACGCGCGCGAAAAAGGCGCUAUUUGAAAAAAAAAAAUCGUUACGUUGCUCCAAUGUAGACUGCCAGUAUUGGCAGUAUUGAAAAAUCAUACGCGUAUAUGUUCAUUCAUAUAUGACGUAUUGCCAGUUCAAACGGAACACAGCUUUUAGAAAGGAACGCGACGCGCGCCGUUCGUGUGAUCGACACAGCUGAUCGAGGAGAAAAAUCGCGUUUAAAUAUCGGUUCGUCGGCAUCGAUCGAUCUUACGCGAAAAGUGAUCAUCGAAAGUUACGUGUGUGUGUGUGUUGCGUUAAGUGUGAGGAUCGCGCUGAAGAAAGACCGGCCUUGCAAGUUUACGAAAGGUUAGACGAGGAAGAUUGCAAAAUUGCCAAGAGAAAAGAGAGAAAGUGAGACAGAGGAGAAAGGAGGCAGAAGCAAGGUUAGGAAUUCUUUUGGGAUGUUGACGUACAGGAGGUGGAUUUUGUGGCCGGCGAGGACGCGUUUUCGACACUUCACGAAACCACCGAUGAUCCAUCGCAGCUGAGAUUAUUGGAUGAUCGACCGGGCCGAUUGAUCAUUGUUAUCGCGGGACUUUCUUCCGGUGAUUUGCGCCUUGACGUUUGUAUCUCUGUAAUUGACGGACGCGCGAGAGAAAGAGAAGAAUUUCGCUUGGUGUCGUAACGCAGCGCGAGUAAUCUGGAAUUAUUCUUGGGAGAUUCGAAAAAGGAGCAGCAGCCAUGGACUGGAGGAGGGUCGCCCUGGCAUUUUUAGUGAUCACAAUAACGAGGCACAGCGGUGCACACGCAGCCCAGAUACCUCAACAGCUGCCGACAUCGACUGCAACGAUAGCGAGUACCGUGCAGAUCGAAUGUGCGAGCGAAUCAAUAAUCGUUCACAUCUCGACGGAGGGCAACACAGACUUCCAUGGUCUGGUCUACCCACGUGGAUUGUCGAAGAACAGCUCCUGCCUGCAGGAGUACAGGAGUCAGCCCGCUCCGAUCACGUACAAUCUGCCUCUCAGAUCCUGCAACACUAUGCCCACUGAACUGGAGGACGGUGGUAUAGAGUACUUUAACACCAUCGUGGUGCAGCCACACCUAAAGCUGGUCACGAACCAGGGCAGAGGUUUUCACGUGAGAUGUAGAUACCAGACGCGCGACAAAGUCGUAACGAACGACCAGACCCACGUGUCCAUGCUGCAAUCUCUGCCAUUGCAGGCGACCGCGCCGAUGCCGGGAUGCACGAUGAAGAUUUUCAGCGGCGAUCCAACGCAGCAUCACGUGGCGGAGAACGUGAAGAUCGGCGAUCCCUUAACCCUGGUCAUUAGCAUCGAUAAACAAGAUAUGUUUGGUCUGAAGAUUUCCGAUUGUCUGGUCCGCGAUGGUCUCGGAUGGGGUGAGCAACGGCUGAUAAACAACGAGGGUUGUCCGGUUGAUGGCGAGAUCAUGGGACAAUUUACGUAUAAUGAGGACAAGACGGAAGCCAGGGUAAACUUCCAAGCGCACAAGUUCCCGUAUACAGCGAGUGUGUAUUAUCAAUGCAACGUUAAACUUUGUGUCAAGCAUGACGGAGGAUGCACUAAUACGCCGCCGUUGUGCAAUUCGAUAGCUAGACGGCGCAGGGACACUGCCAACGAUAACGAGAUAAAGGGUGUCGAAGGUCUGGACGGCACCCCGGCCACAAUCGAGGUUUACAGCGGUUUGUACGUCAACGAAGCCUCGGACGUUAGUUCCAAAUUGGACUUCUCCGACGACGUCUUCAGAGAAAGAACUAUCGAUGAUCCAAACACCAUAUGCAUAUCACAAAGGAGCUUCGCCAUCGGGAUCGCCAUCGCCGGUCUCAUACUCAUGCUGGCAGUAGUGGCUGCCAUUUUGGUACUGCUCGCAAAGAGACGGCACAAGAGCGUCUCGACUACGGGAUCAUCCAUUUACAGUGGACCGUACACAAACACUGCCUAUAGCCACAGUAGUUAAAUCCGUCUCGUUUGGCGCGGAAUAAGCCUCAUCCGGAGAUCUGCGAUUUUUCGUGGGAUCUAUAUCUAUAUCUAUACACGAAAUGUCAGCGGAUGAUAGGUUUAAUGGAAAUUAAUUUAGACUAAGUUGCUUUCGAUUCGAAGCGACAAUCGAAGCCGCUGAGCGCGAUAUAGAGUAAAACGAAACGCGAAUCUCUUGCUCAACUGCCCCGCUCUGUUACUUUUUAAUUUCAAGUUACAUAUGAUAUUCUCAGCUAAUAAUGACGGUGUUUCGAGAUAUCUGGGGAAUUAACAAUGGUUAAAUCCUAAAUAUCUGUAGCUUUUCUAUCUUUCUUUCACACUAUCUCCACACCGUUCUUUCGAACGUGAAACUUUUACAACAAGGUCUUGAUAAUCCGUAGAUCUUUAAUAAAGAAUUUAUAUCCAAGUUUUGAAUGAUGCAAUAUUUGAAUACACAAAUAUAUAUAUAUAUAUAUAAAGAAAUUGCAUAUUUGACAUAAUGCUAUUAAAAAAUUGAAAGAAAUAUAAAAAAUAUUUUAUACAAUUAAAAUAAUAAGAAUCUCUAUCAUAAGAAAUAUUAUAAAAAAUAAAACGUAAUUAUAUUUUUAAAGGAGAAAGAAGAUGUACAUCAGCUUUUUUGUUUGCAAAUGCAUUAUUAAAAUUUGCUUGAAACAGGAGUGCAAACAAAUUUCUCGUUUUCGAGAAUAAUUCAUUAGCCUUCAUUACAAAAAAAAUCAUGCUACAGACAAAAAACUAAACAAACUUGUAUUUGAGCAUCUAUUCCGUCCGUAUAAUGAGAGUUGUAUAUUUUAUAUUAGCGAAACUCUUAAUUCCAAUGCUAAUGAAUCGAUAUGACUCAUUCCCGUCAAGGAUUAUUUAACUUUUAUGUGUAUGUGUGUAUGUAUAUGUAUAUGUAUAUAUAUAUAUAUAUACAUAUACACACAUACACAUAUAUAUACACGUAAUAAACUAUACUGUACACUAGUCCGGUAUAUGCUGUCCUACCUAACAUACCUAUCGCAUUAAACACACAACACAUGCGAAAGCAUCGUCCAGUUGCGCGGUCGUUUCGAUAAUUUAAUUAUUUGUAUGUGAACUCAUUUUAGUUAGAUUUAAGUUUAAGUCAACACUUAUUAUUAGACGUGAACUCUCAAAUAAUUCAAUCAAAUACUCCAAUGAUAUAUCUUAACUUAUCAUUAUUUUUCCGCGUACGAUCGUUGAUAUUUCAGACGAUAUUUUUGCGUUUUGCCUUAAUGCAAUUUCCAAUUUUGCAUUUUCCUCUAAUGCAAAUCAUGGACGGAUAAUUAAUUCUUACAUGAUUUAAUACACGUAAAUAAAAGUAAUAUUAUUGCCCAUCAUAUAGUAUAUAUUAAUUCGAUUUUUUUUAAAUGUAAAAUUAACAAUAAAAUACGAAACUCUUUUUUUAAAUUCAUUAUCUUGACAAAAAAAUAGAACAAAAUAAUAAUAGAAAUAUCUUGCUAAUUGAUUGCAUUUUGUAUACAAUUGUGUUAUCUACUUGAAAAUAUCUAACCAUGAUUGAAAUGUGAAAGCGUAAUUGAAAAUGCAUUUAUGAUAAGGUCUUUAAAAAAAAUGUUAUCAAAAAACACGCAAUUAAGAUUCGAUAAGACGUGUAUUGGUGCAUUCUAAAUUUCCGGUAAAGUUAUGUAUGGAUUAAUGUCGUCGUAGAAAUGCUAAAUACUAUCAAAAUGAGAAGUUAGAAAUAUUAUAUAUAAGUCGGUUAAAAUCUAAGAUUAUAUAUAAAAGAUCUAUCUUCUAUGCAAAUUAUUCGGACGUCUACGACGAUGCGAUAUGUCGAAUGAAUCCGACGUACGUAAGCACUCAGUAUAAAAAGAUUUUAAUCCAUUAUAACGCUUAAAUGUUAAUAUUAAUUAGAUUAAUUGAAACGAGAUGUUGCUCCAUUGUCGGUAUUACAAAUCCAUUCGAAAAUAAUAACAAAGUAAAAACAAAUUGUUUUCCCACGAUAUAUGUACGAUAUAUAUAUACAUUUUCGAAUGAUUUUGAUCUAAUCCUUGUCGGAUUUAAUUAGUACUGAAUAGCAAAAAAAAAUGCAAAAUGUAAAACAAGAAUACCGACAUCAUGUAUCAUCUUGAAGCGUUUAGAUUUUAAUUGACAAAGACAAAAAAAAACUUUCUACUGCCAACGCAGUCGCGUAACUGGGUCCAACGUGGUGGUGGGUACAUGACCAUAAAAUUUUACAUUUUAGAGAGAAAUCAACACGCGUAAUGUAACUCGUUAACUUACGAAGCGCUAAUACGCUAAACCGUUUCCGUGCAGGAGCGGAUUGUUAUGGUGUAGUUCUCUGAAAACGAUAAUGUAUGCGACGACAGCUGUUCCGAAAUGGACCCUAGCACGUCGAAUAAAACGCGAUAUUGAAACGAUUUUUCUUAUGCUGGCGUCGUUGUGUUUUGCCGAAAGCGAAUAAAAUCUUCGCCAAUCGGUCUAAAAAUUUUAUCUAAAUCCGUUCAAUAUGCGAUGAAUAUUUAUGUGUCAUUAAAAAAAAUAGAAAUUUUAUACAUAAUAUCUGUUUUUCUAAUAGAUUAAUGGAUGUAGAUAUACACUUUUCAAUAUUUUCUAAUAUCUCGAGUAUUUCAUAACGUUUCGCGCGUAUGGCAAUCUCAGAAUGCCGCUUUGGCAUUAUAAAAUUCAGAAAUUUGUUUUUAUUUUGAUUGAUUAAUCAGUCGUUAAGUGCAAUAAUUUCGAAGCGCUACAAGGGUCCGUGGAAUUUCUGACGAGGGUCGGAAUCGCUCGGCGAAUAGAUCGCGCGUGAUCUCUUGGCCGCGUCAUGGCAUUGGUUCAUAGUGAUCAUUGGGGACGAAAAUGCCUGUAGAAAUGCCUGAUAGAAUCUUUUUUUCUUGGUUUAAGGUAAACACAUGUCCUGAUGUUCCCGCAAUGUUCCUCUGGACCUUUGUCAAACGAAUCUACAACGAACAUAUGUAAAUAACGAAAACUUAAUAAAACUGGUAACUAUAAAAUGACAUUCUUUUUCAAUGUCUCUUCAUUCAAUAAUAUUUAAGAUAAGCCUAAAUAUUACCUAGAGUAUAAGUAAACAAUAGAUAAGACCAGGAACGCGUGCGGAAGAGUAUCUCGAAGACGCAGAAAGAAUCGAUGUGAGCCGGCAAAUUAUCAAACGAGAGUGUCUUCUUUUUUUAUUGAAUUAUAUAUAUAAUUCGUUUUUGGAAAAUAUGAUAUAAUAUAACAAGAAAUAUAAUUAGA